AUGAUGACCAAAAGACUCUCCUUGCUAGUUGCUGUUGUCGCAACUUCCCUCAUGUGUUUGCUGCAGCAUGUGAAUGGAAAAGUAGGCAUGAGGAGAUACGUGGACACACCUCAACAACCUUCACGCUCAGCAAGACCACAAACUACAUCACACAUGGUACCAACCAAAACAUCAUCAACCCUUUAUAGUCAUCAUCAUGUGCACAUGGAUUCAUCACCGCAAGAGUCGGAACACAAACACAUUGCGUACGACCAUUUUGUGGGGUCAAUGAGGUCAGAAAGUUCAUCUUCUCUCUUUAGCGAUGAUGAAAAUAGUCGGCAGCAACAUCAUACUCCCAACCAAGACAAUUUUACAGACACCAUUGCAGAUGGUAACUUUGACCGUAAUGCCAGUUUCAAACUGCAAAGAACGUUCAUUCGAAUUGCAUUCAGCGAAGUAACACUAGCUCUUAGUAGUGCUGAAACGGCAUCACGAGUGGGAACCAUUGAGAGCAUUCAUGAUGAUAAUAAUCAACUCCUGUAUGAGUCCUACAUUUACUCGUAG